ACCGACAGGAACUCCAUGUGGCUAAUUCCACAUUAAUGGAGAACGAUCUUAUGGACAUAUCACUAGCUCCUAUACCUCCCGAUAAAAAUGGGAGCCGGAUCGAAAUCGAAAAUGGACAGGUAUAAGCUGAUCGUGGUGGGCGAUGGCGGAUGCGGUAAAACCUCCUUGUUAACCGUCUUCACCAAAAACUAUUUUCCAGUGGAACAUGAUCCCACUGUUUUUGAUAUGACUACAAAGGAUGUACAAGUGGCCGGGAAAACGGUGCAUCUCGAAUUAUGGGACACCGCGGGUCAGGAAGAAUACGACAGUUUGCGGGCCUUGGGUUAUCCGGACACCGAUGUUAUCCUGCUGGUCUUUUCCAUUGCUCAUCCAGCGAGCUUGAUUAAUGCGCAAGAAAAAUGGUUACCAGAGCUAGAAAAUUAUUGCCACAAAAAACCAAUAAUUUUGGUGGGAACGAAAAAGGAUCUCCGGUCGGACCAGAAAGUGAUGCAACAUUUGGCCAGCAAAGGAAUGGAACCGAUCAAGCCGGAUGUCGGUAAGCAAGUUGCCGCGAAAAUUCACGCUCUUGCAUAUUUAGAAUGCUCCGCUAUACGGGGCGAAGGUGUCAAGGAAAUCUUCGAUACUGCUGUGCGACUGAUUACGCCAAGAAAGAAGCGAUUUUGCAGUCUGAUGUAGGAAAAUGAUUCCUUCCGUGUUGUUUGCCUUUUGGAAACCCGCUGAUGCUAAACACUGUUUUCAUACACUGCAAAAAUGAUGACUGAUUUAAGAUUUAGCUGUGGGUUAGUAGCUAUUUAUUUAAAUUUUCAUUAUUUUGCAAUUUUUUAAAUUCAGAUUUAAAUCAAACAAUGAGAUACGGGUACUUUGUACACUUUUGUUCAUUGCGAUUUUUGCUUUGGUCUGUCAAUAAAAAAUGCCAUAAAAACUAUUGUAGCGCUGAAACUGUCCCGGGAACAACUAUUGUAGUCUAAGUAGUACCAGGAAGCGAUACCAUAAAAAUAAAUAUGCAAGAAAAUAGAGGAAGCGAUACCAUAAAUACAAAUAUGCGGUAGAAAAUAAAUAUGCAAGCCACUAAUAAAAUUGUAUAUGUCGAUCAACUC